UUGUUUGUAGUCGUUCAGCGUUCACGUUUAUUUCAUUCAAUUUGACUACAAUUUUGUUUUUCGAGCUGUAAACGUGGAAACUAAAGAAAUAUUUAAAUUUAAUGGUGUUGUGAUUAAUAUUUCAUAACAGUAAACCAUAAACAAGCAUGGCGGCUUCUGAGGUAUCGUUUAAUCGCAAGAUUAUGUCGGAGGACUUGUCGAACGUCGAGUUCGACACGAGCGAAGAUGUGGAAGUUAUUCCAACAUUCGAUUCUAUGGGCUUGCGUGACGAGCUGCUGCGAGGAAUAUACACUUACGGUUUCGAAAAGCCGUCCGCGAUUCAGCAGAGAAGCAUUCAGCCUAUUGUGAAGGGCAGAGACGUGAUCGCUCAGGCUCAGUCUGGUACCGGAAAAACUGCAACUUUCUCCAUUUCCAUUCUGCAGUCGUUGGACACGACUCUGCGUGAGACGCAAGUGUUAGUGCUGUCCCCUACCCGGGAGCUGGCCACACAGAUUCAGAAGGUUAUCUUGGCUCUGGGGGACUUUAUGAAUGUCCAGUGCCAUGCCUGCAUCGGUGGCACUAAUCUUGGAGAGGACAUAAGGAAAUUGGAUUAUGGUCAGCAUGUUGUAUCUGGCACUCCCGGAAGAGUAUUUGACAUGAUCAGAAGGCGAGUCCUGAGAACAAGAUCCAUCAAAAUGUUGGUUCUUGAUGAAGCUGACGAGAUGUUGAACAAGGGGUUCAAGGAGCAGAUCUACGACGUGUACCGGUACCUGCCCCCGGCCACGCAGGUGGUGCUCAUAUCGGCCACGCUGCCCCACGAGAUACUGGAGAUGACAUCCAAAUUCAUGACUGAUCCUAUCAGGAUCUUGGUAAAACGUGACGAGUUGACACUGGAAGGUAUAAAGCAGUUCUUCGUAGCUGUGGAGAGGGAGGAAUGGAAGUUUGACACACUGUGUGACCUGUACGACACACUGACCAUCACGCAGGCUGUCAUCUUCUGCAACACUAAGAGAAAGGUGGACUGGCUGACACAGAAGAUGCAGGAGGCCAACUUCACUGUCAGCUCCAUGCACGGAGACAUGCCGCAGAAGGAGAGAGAUAAUAUUAUGAAGGAGUUCCGAUCUGGGCAAAGCCGUGUGCUGAUCACCACUGAUGUCUGGGCUAGAGGUAUUGACGUCCAGCAAGUGUCCCUCGUCAUCAACUACGACUUGCCCAACAACCGUGAGCUGUACAUCCACAGAAUUGGUCGUUCAGGAAGAUUUGGUCGCAAAGGUGUUGCCAUCAACUUUGUCAAGUCAGAUGACAUCAGGAUCUUGAGAGAUAUUGAGCAGUACUACUCUACGCAGAUUGAUGAGAUGCCCAUGAAUGUUGCUGAUCUAAUAUAGAGCUCUAAUUAAUAAGCUUGGUUUACCAGUGGAAGUUGUCACUAAAGUAAUUUUAAUUUAAGUACAUACAUCUCAGAUUUUGAUCAGAGCACUUCUCUGAGAGAUCUUUUCUUGGCAUAGGCUAUGUACUUUGUAUACUAUAAUACCUUAAUAAAUAGCUUACUUUA